CCUUCAGCUGUUUUUCUCCUUGUUUUUUAGCUUUCGUCCCUUAUCUCCCUUGGUUCUGCUAGCUCAGAGCCGCUAGUCUCCUUGUUUUCCCUGAGAUUUCCGUGUUUUCUUCAGUUUAAGAUUACACUAUGGGUCACAAUAGCUCUUUGAACCCGCAGACUAGUUUCAGCUUCAUCAUGAACUUUAAGGACAAAUGAAGAGAAAAUGGGAAGAAAGGCUGAGGAAAGUUGAAGAGCUAGCAUCUCACUAUGAAAGAAACCCACUUCCUGCAGUUUAUAGACCAAAGCUGUCCCCCUUUCAGCCAUCCUCUGUUUGGAAAAUAUUUUGUCGGCAGGCUGAAGCUUUCAGCUAUGUAAAAACCUGCAAAGAGGAUGUUCAUGUGUUUGCCUUGGAAAAGAACACAAAAAAUGGACAGAGGUUUUACCUCGUGACAACAUACAAAGAGCUUUGGUUUUAUUACAUCCAAGGUUAUAAAAAAACAAGUCUUAUGCAUUGCUAUGAGGUGAUUCCUGAAAAAGAUGCUUGCAAACUUUAUUUUGAUUUGGAGUUCUACAAAGCAGCAAAUCCUGGUGCAGACGGCAAGAGUAUGGUUGCAAAGUUAAUUGAGCUUGUCAGCCAAAAGUUGAAAGAACUUUAUGAUGUUAACUGUUCAGCCAAAGACGUCUUGAAUUUAGAUUCCAGUACGGAUGAAAAAUUUAGUCGACACUUAAUAUUCCUACCCCACAAGACUGUAUUUAAGAAUAAUAUUCAUGUUGGUAACUUUGUGAGAACCAUUUUGCAGCCUGCCAUAAGGUUAAUGGAGGGUAAUGCUGCCUCUGUGAUUCCAGAAGAAGGAGCAGAACGUGUUUUCCAGUGUUCUUCAUCAACAGUUGAAGCAGAUGGUUCUCUUACAAACCUCACAGCAGCUGAAGAUGCUUCCAAAGGUUGGCCAGCUCAUCAAGCAAAGGAAAUAGAAACAUCACACCAUGGAGAAAAUCACGAAUUUUCCUUUCUAAUAGUAAAUGAUAAAGAAGGAGACAAGCAACUUUUUGUGGAUCUAGGAGUUUAUACAAAGAACAGAAAUUUACGGAUGUAUAAAUCAUCAAAAGCAGGAAAAAACGUGAUUCUGACAAUAGCAGAGGAUAAUAAGUUUGUCCCUGCUUGUGAAGAGAAUGUGUCCUUGGAAGAAGCAUAUUUUCUGUCCUCUUUGGUCUGCAAUAUUAGCUCUGAGGGUGACACAAGAGUUCUGUCAUCUAGCUUUUCAGAAGAGAGAAGAACAUCUGCUUUUUUAAACAGUAAAACCACCAGAAGUGAUAGAGAGUCCAUGGAAGGUUAUCAGGUUUCACCAUAUCCAGAAAUCGAUUAUUUUGUUCGUUCUUUGGUUAAUAAAGAUGGAGUGCAAGGAGGGAUACGGCAAUGGAGUUAUUUCUCUCUGGAGGAAAUACUUGUGUAUGAUAUUUCUGGUUACCGGUGGUGUGAAAAUAUUGGAAGAGCCCACAAAAGUAACAACAUAAUGAUUCUGGUAGACCUAAAGAAGGAAGUCUGGUAUCAAAAGUGCCACGAUCCAGUCUGCAGGGAAAAAAACUUCAAAUCACAAAGCUUUCCAUUACCACCUGGGAUAUGUCUGCCUUCUCUCUUCAAAGAGGAAGAAGAUUAUAUGGUAACAGAUCAAUGUGGGAACACGGAAGAAAAAGCAAAACCCCAGUCUAACCCUGCAGAUUUAUCAAAAAGCUCGGUAUCUCUUGAAGAAAGCAUGUCUCAAGACUUCCAGUUAACAGACACUGAGUGGGACAAUGCAAGCGAUGACGCCUGUUUGGUAGAAGCUACUGAAGAUGUGGAGCUAGCAGAAGCUGCAAAUGACAGUCUGGAUUACGGCAUGGAAGACAUUCCUGAUGAAGUUCUUUUGGAAACUUUAAGGUCACAAGACAUUUGCAACAAAGAUGACAGCUAAUCAGAAACUUGGCUGGCAAACAAACUAGUAGCAACAAAGCUUGCUCUAAUACAACAUGUGUAUCACAUGCCUUCUGUGAAAGAUACUGUGCUGUGGCUCAAAAGCCCUCUUUGAGAGCUGUUAAAGAACUGACAAAGAACUAAAAGCAUCCUUGCAACUGGAUAACCUUAAACAGGCAUGAAGAAGGUUACACUACGGCUAGAGAAUACUGGCCUGAACAUUUUUUCAUGAAGGCUGCUUCAAGGAGUUUAGCACUUCUAAGACUUACUGCUGUGUGGUUUCUAUUUUGUUAGCUGUUUGUCCAGCUUUUACUGAUAUGACAAAUAAUACAUUUAUUCACUUCCAGAAAUGGGAUGAAAUUAUUUAUUUCAAAUACAAAUUUAAUAAAAAAGUGUUUAUCACUAGUUCA